GCCGCCGUCGGAAGGGUUCGCGCGGAGACCUCUGCCGGUCGCUAGGACGCUCGCUUCCGUCGUCGACUGCCUCAUCUCUCAUCCAAAUGCUUCUUGUGCAUUGAGUUUCUUGUAAGAUUGCUCCUAAAUCCUGCAUGUGGUGAAAUGGUAGGUGUUGAAUGCAGCAAUGCUAUACUGGCCAACAACUAACAUGCUUUAUGUGGAGGGAUAUGCGCUUGAUAGAUUUGCAGAAGGAUCUUGGGCUUUGGAGCCUGUCCAUCAAAAUAGGGUAGGUUUGGUCCUUGAUGCUGGAAUGGAGGAAGAACUUCGUAUUCGCCAUUUACAGGUUGCUGAUGCCACAAGGGCUUCCUUAGGUCUGCCUGUGGUGGAGUACAUUGUCACUGAUACACCUCUAGAGGUUGAAAUAUGGAUCGAUCCCACAUGUGGAAAAUCAACAGGAAGGAUUAAACAUCCUGGUUCAUUAUUGAGGGCAGUGCAUGCUCUAGUUAACAAGUCUAACAUAAAUGCAGUAGCAGUUGUGGGCCGCUUCCCAGAUGAUGAUAUAGAUGAAAUUGAGGAUUAUCGACAAGGAAAGGGGGUGGAUCUAUUGGCUGGAGUUGAAGCAGUUAUAAGCCAUCUUGUGGUGAAGGAGUUCCAGAUUCCAUGUGCUCAUUCACCUGCAUUAUCACCUCUUCCUUUGACCUCAUCACUAUCCCCAAGAUCUGCUGCCGAAGAGCUUGGCUACACCUUUCUCCCUUGUGUGCUUGCUGGAUUAAGUCGUGCACCACAGUACGUGGUCGAGAAACCUGGCAGCUUAGAAGCUGGUUAUGUAUUAGCUAGUGAUGUUGACAGUGUACUUCUUCCUAUUGAUGCUUGUGGAGGGGAUGGUGCUCUUGCUUUUGCAAGAAGGGGGCUAAAAAAUAAGCCUUUAAUAAUAGCCGUUGAAGAGAAUGGAACUGUCUUGGAUGAUACCCCUGAAAAACUUGGGAUCGAAGCAGUAAAAGUAUCCAAUUACUGGGAGGCUGUUGGGGUGAUAGCUGCUCAUAAAGCUGGUGUAGAUCCAUGGGCACUCAGAAGAGAAGGAAUCAAUAACAUUAGAGGCAGUAUAAUGUCAUCCCCAAUUAGUCGUAGAACUUCUGAACCUACAAAAUUACAUGAUGCAAUCUAUUCUUUAUAAUUUGAUUUUAGUGUAUAUUUCAAAUUUACAUAUCCAUCGAUUACUUUUGAAAGGCGUGUAUAUUUUAAAUCUGCAAAGAGGAUAGUUAAUGUAGAACAUUUACGUUUAUUUCUAUUUAAUACAGUGAUGCUCUAUAGAAACUAGUCACA